AUGGAUGACCUGGUAACCCAGCUGGCAGCGUACGACCGAGCAAUGCGGGAGUACCAGGUGGCACUCGCUGAUUGGCUGGCGCAGCGGAGGGUUCUGAGAAGAGAACUGGUGGAGAAGGAGAGGAGAGAGGCGAGGGAGAGGGAGGGGAGGAGGAAGGGGAGGGAGCAGCGGUGGGGGUGGCUGGUGGCGUGGUGGCAUGGCAUGGCUGAUACUGCUGCUCGCCUUGCUUCUUCCAGGUUUCACAUGCUACUCUCCCUCCUCUUCCUCGUCUCCCUCCUUUGCCUCCUCUUUCCUCCUCUCCCUCCUCCCCCUCCCCUCCUCUGUCCCCCCUCCCUCCCCUCCCUCCUCCCUACUCCCUCUCACGUUCUUCCCCUCCCAAAUUUGAGGAAGACCAUGCUCAUGGAUAUGCUGUUUGGAGCGGUGCAGAGGGGUGGAGUGGUUGGCGUGGCGAAGCGGGUGCAUUUUAAUGAGGCUAUGCUGGAGGUGCAUCAGCGGAUGCAUAGGUAUUGGCGGGAGAGAGAGGAGGUGAAGGAGAGGAAGCGGGAACGGGAGAGGGCGAGGCGGGAGGGGCGUGUAGGAGUGGUGGGGAGUGGUGGGGUGGGGUUGGAGAGAGGGGAGAUGAGGUGGGACGAGGAGGAAGAGGAGGAGGAGGGAGAGGAUGCAAUUCUAGACGCUGUUGCUGAUGAGUUCCUGGGAAAAUGGGGAGGCGAGGGGACAGUGGAGCAUCAGCAAGUCGAGGAGGAGGAGGAGGGAGCAGUGAUGCAGGGAGCAGCAGCGGUGCAGGGAGCAACAGCCGCACAAGGAUCAGCAGCAGCAGCAGCGGCGGCGGUGCAAGGAGCAGCAGUGCUGUGUUUCGACGAGGUGCAGGUGCUGGACGUGUUCACAGCUGUGGCUCUAGGCCGCCUGCUGCAGCGCGUGCUGCUGAGGGGGGUGGUGCUCGUCGCCACCAGCAACAAGGCGCCCUGGGAGCUCAACCAGGACGGGCUGCAGCAAGAGCUGUUCCAGGCGUUUGUAAGCACUGUUAAGGGCUCUUGCCACGUGCUACCGCUCUCCUACCUGCCAGCCAGCUCCAUUCGCCCUGCACAUAUCCCGUCUCCCCUCUCCCCAACGCCCCCUGCGCGUCUCUCCUUCCUCCUCUCAGGACAGGCUGCAGAGGGAGCUGUUCCAGGCGUUCGACGUGCUGCAGCGAGAGCUGUUCCAGGCGUUUGUGAGCACUGUGCUGUGAAGCGCUUCUGCCUCUCGCCUCCCCACAUGCGUUUCUUUCUUCCUCCUCCCCCACGUGCCCCGCCCUCUCAGGACGGCCUGCAGCGAGAGCUGUUCCAGGCGUUUGUGAGCACUGUGAAGGGCUCUUGCCACGUGCUGCCCCUCUCCUCCCCCACGGACUACCGCUGCCUGCACUCCGCCCCCCCUCCCCCCGCCCAUCCCUUUCCUGUCGCAUCUCUCCUGUGGGAUCGGGUGUGCAUGUUGACAUCAAGCCACUCUCUUUCACAUUCUCUCUCCUCACGCUCCCUCAACCUCCUCCACCCUCGCAUUCUCCCCAUUCUCUCCACCCUUCCCCACCCUGCACAGAACCUACCGGGACCACCACCAGCACCCAGCUCGACCCCAACAACUACCACCGUCACUCCCUCACUCUCCUCCCUCUCACCAUCACAACCACAUCUCUCCUCCCCUCCCCCUCCCCACUCCCCUCCUCCCUCACCACCUACUCCUCCUCAUCUUCCCUCCAGCCGCACACCCACUCCUUCCCAUCAGCCUGCUCCUACAACGCCCCUAGUUCCCGCCUUCCCUGGUUACUCCUACUUCUGGCCUCUCGGCCCUCAGUCAGAGAGUCUCUUUGAGGACAGGUGGCACGAUGCCGUUGGUCGAGAGCUGCGGUUGCAUGGAGGAAGGAGAGGGGAAGGAGGCAAGGGAACGGACGCAUACGUGGAAGGCCAGGGGGAGGAUAUUCCUGUCAUGUUUGGACGGUCCCUGCGUGUCCCUGUGUCGGUGCAUGGAAUAGCGCGCUUCUCUUUCUCCGAAUUGUGUGCCAACAUGCUUGGCCCACCAGACUACCUCGCUCUCGCUCUGCGCUACCACACUCUCUUCCUGUCAGAGAUUCCCAUCCUCUCGCGCUCAGUGCACGACCAGGCGCGCCGCUUCCUCACACUCACAGACGAGCUUUACAACCACCGCUGCCUGCUCGUCUGCUCUGCCGCCACUGCUCCUAACAAGCUGUUUAAGGGGCUGCCGGGGAGAGUGGGAAGUGGUGGGGUGAGGGGAUCGGGGGGUGGUGGGGAGGGGGGUGGGGGAGGAGGAGAAGGACGGGUUGAUGAGGGGGAGGAGGAGGAGAAGGAGGAGGGAGGAAUUGUGCCGAGGAUUGAUCUUGAGAGCCUUCAGUUUGAAUCGGAGGUGGGGGGCAGUCGCCUAAGAAGGGACGUGCUAGCGGAGGGGGGUCGUUCCCCCCUCACCUCCUCUUUUACACUCCCCGUGCGCCAGCUCUCCGGGCGGGAGGAGGAGUUUGCAUUCCACCGAGCGGUAAGUGCACGGCACGCGUGUAAUGAGUUGAGUUUUGAGUCGACUCAAAACCUCUACUCAUUCCACCGAGCAGUAAGUGCACGGCACGGCACGCGCUUCUUCCUCCUUCCUCUCUCUCUCUCCGCUCACCUCGUCCGCUGCUCUCCCAGCGGCCAGCUUUCCGGUCAAAAAGAGGAGUUUGCAUUCCACCGAGCAGUAAGGGGGGGGGCUUAG